AUGAAAAUCAUUGUUUUUUUGCAGAAACGUGUCAAGUUACCAUUGGUAAACCUCAAUCAACACAUAACCUGCAAAUUGUGCAAUGGGUAUCUUGUUGAUGCAUCAACCAUAACAGAAUGUCUGCACACUUGUAAGUCCACGAAUUUGCAUGACUUUCGUAUUGACCUAGUAUGAGGGAUAGACUAGGGAAUAUUGGCUAGAGAUAGUAGCUGUAGAUUCUGUGAACAUAAACUAGGACUUCACAGUUUCUCAAAAGUGGCAAAGCAUUCACUCACUCACUCACUCACUCAACCUCCUCAUCCCAGCUGGGACAAAAGGCCACAAUAAAACCUCGGCACUUUUAAGCCUGUCAUCCUGAGCUUUGGCCUGCGCUUUGCUCCAUGUCUCCUCCAGCUCAUUCCUGAUCAUCACUAUUCUCCACCAGGUGGAUUUAAUUGGCUGCCGCCUCUUUUCCUUCUCUCAUUUGGAGUCCAUCUCAUGGCUGCAACUUUGAAUUAUCAGUGGGCGCUAAAGUCAAGGGCAGCACUUACUUGUAUUUAGGGGUGAUGUAAUAUAAAUUGUCUUCUUCUUGUGAAUAACACUGAUUUCUUUCUUCCUUUUUCUUUGCUCAGUUCAAAAAUGAUAAGAACAGCUUAAAAGGUACAAAAGAUUCAUGCAGUACACAGAAAUGUAUUUUGAGGUCUGUUUCCCUAUAAAUCAACCAUCUGUAAGAGCUUAAAUUCCAGCGGGUCCAAUCAGCUUUCACUUCUUGCUCAUCUCCAUUUUGUUAGAGGAUGACUUGCAUGGACCAGCAAGAAAUCCUACUUGUCCGGAAUUACUGGAUAGGACUUUUUUCGAGCCCCAAAUCAUGUCAUUAUUAUCAUAAUAUUUUGUCCAAAGCAAUAAUUAAAAAUAUUCAUCACAGCAGUGUAGGGUGCAAUUAACUCUUGAAUCAAGGGGGUUGGGGCACUUUGUAGUGAAUACAUUGUAUUAUUAAAGGUAUCAUCCUACCUUCAGAACCGUCUUCAUGCAGAUUGCUCUAAAGCACUUCUAGCCCUACACACUGUACUACUUCUGAAAGCUUAAUAGUUGUAGAUCAUACAGCUAAUUUCUUUUGAAAAACGAAAAUGCUAAUGCAUUUCAGAAAUAACGAGCUUUCUGCAAAAGUACAUGUCUCUGUAAAUUUAAGUCCCCAAAGUCUCUGCAGAAUAACAUCUUUUCAAAAAAUUAUGAAUGUUGUUAUCAUGUAUACCUUUAUUAUUUUGUGCCAAUAUUCCUCAGUACAGUCCAAACCAGUACUGAGAUCAAUAACAUGUUUUGAUCUAUUCUUAAAUAUUUUGUCUUACAUUUUAUUUUGUUAGUUUGUAAGAGCUGCCUUGUGAGACAUAUUGAACUUGUUAAUCAAUGUCCAACAUGCAACACUGUUAUUCAUGAGACACAACCACUUUAUAAUAUCAGGUAAAAAUUAAUAUUAAUUUUAAGUAAGUUGUAUUUUCCACUGGCUGAGGAACAAAAUACCGGUAGGUGGAAAAUGUUUUCUCGCACACCGCUGAGACCUGGGCCCAAGGGGUUGUUUUGAGUCACGUGCUCAUUGUUGUUUGUCAGUUGCUUUUUUGCUGUCCGCCGUUGCUAAUGGAAAUUUCAGAGCACAAUAGUUUUUUCGAGGUUUUAUCGCGGAUUUGCCUAUAUCAUUUGUUGUUUUUUGUGCUGUACCAUGAGUGCUAAGACGCUUAGGUCAAAGUUUCAGUCUGGAGCAAUUCUUAUUUUUUAUGAUUGUAGUGAAACCCUUCUCCAGUAUUAAUAUUGAUAAAUAUUCCCCCAGGCAAUCAGGGAGACAAUGAUCUUGAGACUAGUCUACAUUGUUCUAUCGACCAGAGGCUGCUCACCUGGGAGACCUGCUGCAGUUAUGAGUACGACCGGACACGAAAAUCACUGUCUCCUGAUCACUUGCGAUUUUGCAAUGCUUGCAAAGUGUCUUGAGAGCUUUACCAGUUUAAAGGUUUUGGCGUUGUCGGGUACAAUCAAAACUGGUGUGCCUCAUCUCCCUGUUGAUGAUCUUAGCAGAUCCCACCAGGUGGGAUCCCGCAAUCUCACGUUUCGGUUUUGGAAAAAACAUAUGUGCUGGGUAUUCUGGACUUUAAAUUCUUUAUUCAUAUGUUUCCCCUAUGGUUAUGGUUAUAUUAUACUAGAAAUGAUGUGAAUCACAUUCUCUUCACAGACUUGACAGAACUAUGCAAGAUAUUGUUUACAAGCUUCUUCCAAGGAUUGAAAGGGGUGAGCUAGCAUUAAGAGUAACAUGGUUAAUAUUAAUCUUUUUCAAAACUGAUUCAAGACAUUGCCUGAAAUAUCUCACAUGAAGUGAUCAUAAGACACUGACUAUCCUAUUAGUUUCUGUAAGUUUCUGAUUAGAUGAUACAAUUAAUUGAACCUUUCACUUUUACCCUAAGUUUUGUCAAUGUUAUUAAUUUUGUCACCUUAAUUUCAAAAAUCUGUGGACACAAUUCUGUUGUUUUACUUUGUUAUUUUUUUUCUCAAGAUUUUAACGGAAAUAAAAUUGAUUUUUUGUGAUUUUUCUGGUAAGCAAUAUCCAGGGGUGAAGGUUAAAUAAUCAGCCAAAUAUAAAAUACCGGUAUCACCUGGAAUAGUUAAGAAUAAUAAAGAGAAGGAAGGCCAAUAAAAAAAAUUCUUGUUUAAAAUGAUGACUUCUGAUUCCAGAAAAAGAAGUACUUUAGAGACUGUGAAAUGUGUAAGGUUAUAUUGGUGUGUAUACUACAGGUAUUGCAAAGAAGCCGGGGAGGGGGGGGGAAGGGGGUCAUAAAUAAUUAUUAAUAAUGUACUGGACUGAGUGACUAAAGCAACAUCCCUGAUGCUUUGGGCUGUGGUUCAUCUUAAGAAAUUACUACUAACAGUUAAACCCCAUGUGCGACCAUGUCUCAUAAGCAAUCACUUCCCAUAUUAAAUGACCAUGCACCCAAUUCAACAACAAAGACUUUGCGCAUCAAAGCCCUAUACCGGUAAUUGUUGAAACCUGACGUAAGAAAAAUGAACAAGUUUGGGGUUGUUUUAGCUUCCUGUAAGUGACCGCUAAUUGCCAUGCUGUCGGAUCUCAAUUUUUAGUAACUCUAUAAGUACUACACAGAUCAAGGACUUUCUUGUGUCAAUGUCCUUUUUGUACAUUGUGUAUUUGCCGUAGAAGUUUUAUGCAGCCAUUGGUAAUUCUUCAAAUCAAAUUUAUUUAGUAGACGAGUCACUACACAUGUUCCUGAAAGAGUCCCUUGUGUUUUGAUUCUCAUUCUGAAAAGUGACACCAAACCACCCACCCUCCCCCCCCUUCUAAUGCGGCUACUGAAACUUCAGGUGCCUUUAGGCUGUUUCAUGCUUCUCCAGCUAGUCCCUAUAGGAGGCUGGACUGAACCCAGAAGUUAAGUAAACCCAGCUACUUAUAUAACUUUGUUGAUUAGUGCAUCCUGUUUCUUUGAUUUCAGAGGAAAGGCGCAGAGAAUGCAAGUUCUAUAAAGAUAGGCAGAUACCAUAUCCAGCCCCCAGAGGUAUUUCCGCUGAUUUUAAGAAAUGAUAAUAUUAUUAUCUGCCCGGCUUCAGUUCUAUAAUAGUCCAUUUUCGAGUUCACUAUGACUACUGAAUUAAAGAAGUGAAUACGCAUUUUUUACAGCCUUAGCCUCAAUAUGAAGUAAUAUAUUCACAAAGUCCAACGAGAAAAAGACCUGUUUAUUACUCUGUCUAUUGUGUAUAUUCAAAUUUCAAACACUUACUUGCCAGAAUUUCUGAAUAUUUUACUUUACGUCAAGGCUAACCCUGUAUGAAUGUGUUGUUAAUGUUUGUAUUCAGCUGUAAUUUUUAAUUUGAAACUGGACUAUUCUCAGUGCUUAAAAUAAUUAUAAAAUCUAUAUUUUUUUCUGUCUGUUUGGUCUGGCCCUGCUCCAACUACAUGCAUUUCCAUGUAAUUGCUAUAAUGUGGGAUCAAGAAAAUGUUUUAUAAAUUGCAAUUUAAAUUUGUCAUUUUUGUACCAUUUCUAUGGCUCUGGCUCUCGUGUCCAUCGCAUAUAACGCAGAAAGGAAUUAUGUAACAAACACAAGGUGGUGUCAAGAAAUAAUACUUGUUAAUUAUUGAUAGUUCUGUUUUUUAUUGUUUGUUUGUCUUUUUUCUGUUGUAGCUUGUCAGGCUUUAUCUGUACCAGGACCAUCAAAUGCCGUCAAGAAACAAACAGCAUCAUUACCCAAAAAAAUAAGCAAACCAAAAGUAACAAAAAACUAUCAUAGAACAGAUGAACAAAUCUCUCUUCAACUUGAGACAUUUAGGUUAGUGAAAUAAUUUGUGACUAAACCCUGCCUUUUAAUAGUUGUGAGAUGGAGGCUGUGUGGUAGAGUGGUUAACACCUCAAACUCUGGAUCUGGAGGUCUGGGGUUCAAGCCUCACCUGUCCCCUUGUUUUCUUAGACAAGGAACUCUACUCCAAUUUGUCUCUCUUCACCCAGGUGUAUAAAUGGGUACCAGCAGCAUACUGCUGGGGGGAGGGGGGAGGGGUAGCCCUGUGAUGGACUAGCAUCCCGUCCAGGGAGAGUAGCAAUACUCCUAGGCAUGCAUCAUUCUAACGAAACCAGAAUAAGCUCCUGCUGUUUGCGGGCCUUUGGCUCGUGUGCGCCUUUUACCUUACUUUUUUACCUUAAAUUAGUUGCAAGAUGAAGUGAUACACCUGUAUAGAUUAUUUAACUAGGCUUAAGAGAGCAUGAAACUCUCUGAAAGAUAACAUUGUUUCCACAAACAAAUACCUGGAAAAGAUGUAACAAAUGUACAUGAAAAGCCACUGCAAGAUGUUCACUUCUUUUUUGACCAAAUAGAAUGUUAUCAGACAGUGUAAUAGCAAGUUCGCCCAGGGGUGGUUUUUACAAUAAACUUGGGUUCCGCUGUAUUAUGUACCGGUACUAAUUGAGUUCUAGGUAUGUACUGUGAGUUACAGACCAAGUUUUUUUGCCAUUGAUUUAUGGCCGCUUUGUGAAGUGGACUGGCGCUAAAUCAAUGGGGAAAAUGAGGAUCUGUAACGUUAAGUAUCGACUGAGAGUAUGAGGCUAGUAAAAAAAUUGUUUUAUCUCAGAGGUUAAUUGGCAUUUGGGAAAGGGAAUAUGUUAGGGAAGUAUACUGAAAUAUGGCCAGCAACAUAAUUUUACCAAUCACAGUGCAUGUACUUACUAGGAGAUAUUAUAUGCGUAAUAAACAUCUACUGAUAAAUGAACUGAUGUUUAACUCCAGUCCUCCUGUCUGAAUACAUCACCCAGAUAUACGUCUUCUUAAAAGGGCUAAUAUCAUGUGUGUUAAGAAGAGGCUUAAUAAAAUAUUAGGUUUUAAUUAGAUUAUUGCAUUAUACAGUAUAUCUUACAUGCCAGAUGUAAAUUGUCCAGGCAUGUAAUUAGCACUGUUUUGUGGACUUUUUUCUGGACGUAUCUAGCCAGCUUAGCCAGUGCGCACUCGCGUGGCAUUGCUUGCUUGUAGGCUCGAAAAUAGCGCUAUAUAAAUCAAGUGUAAUGUAAUGUAUAGAAUAUAUAAAUAGAUAUUAGUAUUACUAACUAUAAAUAACUUCAUUUCUAUGUGGCUGGAUGAUAAUGUUAUUGUUUACUUGUUAAAAUUGCAGAGAUGGAAGUGGUGGCCCAGCAAAAAUACAGGUAAAUGUUGACGUUGUUUCUUUUUUAGUUUUGAAAUAGGUCAAUAAGCCAUUGGAGUCUCAUAAAGACUUGUAUGCAAUAUUGAACAAAUCAGAAUAUUUGACGAAAGCAGAAAUAAAUGCCCAAUUGAUGCCCUGCGCUCAUUUGCACCAUAAAUGUAUCUGUGUUGUUGUUAGUUGUUGUUUUUGAAUGGCUCGCUACUCUCAAAAGGGCAAGGGUGGGGUUUAGAACUUAAAGAAUGUUAUUAAAAGGCAAAAACGUAUGCAGCGUUGAGGGAAUAAAUGGGAGUGAAUUUUUUAUUUAUUGACUGAUUGUUUGAUUGAUUGAUUGAUUGAUUGAUUGAUUAAUUGAUUGAUUGAUUGACUGACUGACUGAUUGACUGACUGACUAACUGACUCACUGAUUGAUUGAUUGAUUGAUUGAUUGAUUGAUUGACUGACUGACUGACUAACUGACUCACUGAUUGAUUGAUUGAUUGAUUGAUUGAUUGACUGACUGAUUGACUGAUUGACUGACUGACUAACUGAUUGAUUGAUUGAUUUAUUAUUUGAUUGCAGCCACUUCAGAAGAAAUACAUGAGACUCUCAACACAAGUCACCAUUGGCUUAAUACAAAGAUUUUUGGCAGCUAAACUACAUUUGGAAUCUGCCAACAUGGUAAAAAGAUUGCAGUUUAGUUUGUCACUUUCAAACCUAAAUCGCUGCUCGUAAGACGUUUCGCGCCAAAAGUGAAACGCGCCCACCUGAAGCCGAAACACGCUUGUAUCACUUCGUUUCCAUCCGUAUUCUAGACUUUUUCAUUUUAUCAGUGCUCGUAUUCAUGGCCAACGCAAAAUAAGGCUGUUUUGCAGUCUACACCUGUGGUCAGAAAUGGUUAUGGUGGAAAAAAUACAAACAUUCACAUUCUAGGAGACCAAGAGAUAGAUAAUGAAGCGAGACAAAAUUUCUCAAAGCUAAGGAUAAGAAAUAGGUGCUGUCGAGUUUUUUCCGUUUUGUUACUGUUCCUCGUCUUACUAUAAAUUCGUGCCUGGCUCUAUGAGGAUGAGUAAACGUAUGAUUUUUACUCUGUGUAUAGAUUGCAACUUGCAGUCCGCCUUUGAAUCCGUCAAGUUCUCUUCCGUGGAUAUACGCCCUCGUUUAUCGCGGCUGGCGGCUGCGUCUCCUGCCGCUCGCGCGCCACGGUUAAGCGAAAAGGAAAAUAAGAGACUACGCAGUCUUCUGAUUGGAUAGUGUGGAUAUUAGUUGUCCUUGAUCACAUUGUUCGUUAUACAACUGAUUGUAAAAACGUGGUCGCUAGAAAAGUAUAAACCAUGAACGAUGGGACCUAAUAGAUUUAUCGGUAGAACUUUAUUAGCUUUGCAAAGUUAAAGUUCUUUUCAGAAAAUUAUACAUGAUUAUCGAAGCUUUUCGCGACGGGAUGCUCGCAUCUUUACCUGUGGCGGGCGCUUCAGAGAUCUCUAUAGUUAAAGAGCGCAGCCAUAUUGCUAACCCACUCUUGAAAAUCAUGAGAUAGGAUCCAAAAGUUUUUGUGGAAGACAUAAAAAGACCACGGCAUGCUAUAAACAAAUUACUCCAGGGAUUUGCAUCGGCACGAGCAGCUGGUGUAAAUGAAAAGUUUUGUUGAAAGAAUUUUGGAUUCGCUUUGCUUAUGAAGGUAUACCCAUAUCGUUCAUGGUUUAUACUUUUUAAGCGACAACGUUUUUUCAAUCAGGUAUUUUCAGUGUAACUCACACACUCGUUAAUAACAUAUCCUCUUGUAGGUAGGUAUCCUGUUUGACAAAACGGAAAUGGGGAAAGAUUUAACUCUAAAAUACAUCAGCGAAAAUCUCUGCACCCAAGAG